AUGGCUUCAGGAUGGACUGGCUUGUCUCAAGAAGUCCGGUGUCAUAUUCUACAGAUUCUGAGGCUAGACGGUUGCAAAGUGAGUCGCUUAGCCACCGUAUGUCGAGAGUGGCAAACAGAGCUGGAGAGAUACAACUUUGCACGAAUCAGAGUGACACCAUCGCGCCUCGUCGAUUUUGGUUCGAUGAUUCACCGCAAUCGGGCUCUCGUCGAAUACGUCUGGUUCUGCUUGGAACUCGAUGAAUAUGGUUGCACCAAGUGUGCGCCUACCGGCAGAACGCUCACACAGGACGAGUAUGAAGAGGCAUUCAGUAUCAACGAUGCAGGUGGCUAUCCCAUCACCACGGCGUUCCAGGAUCUGUUCUCGGUGCUAAGCACAUGGGACCUUAAAGACAACUUGGUACUCGACAUUAGUAUCUACUCGCCUAGUGACUCCAAACAUUGGUUCCCAUAUCUGACCUUCAUGCCCGAUAUCGCUCUCGACAUGCUAGGUGAUGGUAUGGAGCAGACGAUACCAAAUAAAGUCUAUAACGAUCCUCAACACGGCUGGCGAGCAGUUAGAGCUCGAAUGGUGAGAUCAGUUUCCACCAGUCCCGGCGAUAACCACUAUACUUCUCCGGCAGUUCUGCUGCCGGAGAUGGAAGCACGAUUCAACAAGAAUCUCAAGAGACUUGUGGUCUUUGAGAACUUCAACCAACAGUAUCCAGUGAUCAUGCACCAAGUCCUAUCCGGAGAUGUCCUGAGCGGAUGUGUCAGUCAUCGCAAGCCAACUCCGGCUGUAAGUCGGAUGGUUGGACUCGCCAGCCUCAACCUUGAAUAUCUCGCAGCAUCUUUCAUCGUAGAUGCUAGCCAUUUCUUCGACGUCGAACCCUCUUGGGAGUGGCCAAAUAUACGCUCGAUCGUACUUACUUCAAGCCUCCUUACGCCUGAUCAGGAUCCUGCCAAGAUUGAAGUUAUGCUUCAGGCGGCCGCGGCCGCGGCUAUGAAGAUGCCACAACUGGAAACAAUAGAGAUCUGGAAUGGAAGACGAGGGUUGGCGGCGCUAUUCAAGUAUCAGGUGUUCCGCAACAAACAAGAGGCUACAAUCACUUGGAGAGGUACAUGGCAAUUGACAAUGGAAACCAUCUUCAAUCGAGGCUUGGAGAGCCGUCAUAGAUCUUUAUGCCGGUUACAGACUCAGUUUCGUUCAGGAACGUCUGGACGAAGCUGCUAUCAAGUCUCACGCUGA